ACGCGUGUGGUGUGUUUACUUGUCUAGCAACAACCUGUUUUGUAGGUUUCAUUCCUUACGUUCAGUAUUCAGUCACAAUCUAACGUACAAACGGGUAUAUCGUGUUCAAAUUCAUAGUUAUGAUGUUAGUUAGAAAUUUGUUCAGGACUUCUGUGAAAUUGAAUGUGAAACGUUACUCUGUAGAGGCGGUGAAGCAUGCACCUCCUAGAAUUUUAAUAACUGGUGGCCUAGGCCAACUAGGAGUCGAGUGUGCCAAGUAUCUACGAAAGAAGUACGGCAAAGAUAACGUGAUCUUGUCAGACAUCAUCAAACCAACAGAAGACAUCGUCAACGACGGCCCUUACCUUUUCGUUGACAUCCUAGAUUUUAAAGGCUUACAAAAAAUUGUAGUCAAUCAUAGAGUAGACUGGCUUAUACAUUUCUCGGCUCUUCUCAGUGCAAUUGGAGAACAAAAUGUCCCUUUAGCUGUAAGGGUCAACAUUGAGGGAAUGCACAAUAUUAUAGAACUGGCGAAACAGUAUAAGCUCAGAGUAUUUGUUCCUAGUACAAUUGGGGCUUUUGGACCUGACUCUCCUAGAAACCCAACUCCUAAUAUAACUGUGCAAAGACCUAGAACAAUUUAUGGCGUGUCUAAAGUGCACGCUGAACUCUUGGGAGAGUAUUAUUAUCAUAGAUUUGGUUUGGAUUUCCGCUGUCUAAGGUUUCCCGGAGUCAUAUCUAGCGAUCCACCAGGCGGAGGUACGACAGAUUACGCCAUCGCGAUCUUCCACGACAUACUUCGUAAAGGCCAAUACGAAUGCUACCUGAAGCCAGAUACUCGCCUCCCUAUGAUGCACAUCAGGGACGCGCUGAGGGCCCUGUCAGAAUACCUCGAAGUACCCAAUGAACAACUUAACAGGAGAGUGUACAACGUCACAGCUAUGAGCUUCACUCCUGAGGAGCUCGUUGACGCUAUGUCCAAAUAUCUUCAAGAUAUGAAAAUCACGUAUAGACCUGACAGCAGGCAAGACAUAGCGGACUCCUGGCCUCAAGUCUUCGACGACAGCGAAGCCCGUCGCGACUGGAAGUGGAAACCCGAAGUAGAACUGGAUGAUCUCGUCAAACUCAUGAUUAAAGAGGUCAAGGAGAGGAUAGCUUUAAACGGAUUUUGAAUAAAAAAAUGUUGGUGGUACUUCUUAAUCUUAUAGAUAAUAAUUCUAGAUUAAUUUUAGCAUAAUGAUGGUUGUGAAUAAAACAGGUUAUUCAAUCAAUUCCUUUAUUUUAAGCAUCCGUAAACCAAAUUUAAUUCUUAACAUUAAUAAUUAGGCAUUAAUAAGAUUAGUAGAUAGACUAAGAUGAAUAAAAGCAAACUUAAAUUUUUAUCAAAGAUAAACGGAAAUUUUAAAAAUACUAUCUUAAAAAUAUUUAUGCAGGAAAUUUAAGUAAGCUGGCAAUCUUAAUAUUAGUGACUCUAAAUUUUUAAUCACAUUAUGCGACUCAGUCUUUCUUAGGCUACUUCAUGCGCAAGUACACUUACGUAUUAACCUCAAAUAAAAUUAACAAUCUUAUUUAAGUAGGGCUUUCAAACUGAUAAAGAGCAGAGAUGAAUAUUUAGCCGGUCAUUUAAUUUAAUUUGUUAUUCAUUAAGUUAGAAAUGAUGUGUGAAUUUUAGUGUUGAAGAUUCAAAAAAGAAUCACGGAGCGUUGAUUAUUUCGAAGAGAUGAGAAAUAAUUUUAGUGGGCUGAGAACAAUUCGCCUAUUUCUAUGUUACCAUCGACAAGGUAAAAGAUUCUUCAAAUAAAUUAUACAUCAGUUUCUUUUUCCAUUUGCAACAAUUUUUCCAAGAGGGUCUCUCUCUCUCUAAUCUCUGCGUGUUUCCGGUUGUGCCCUCCACAGAUGUUUCGGGGACCGAGAAUAGUCGGAAGCGUUCCGCCUUCCGAUUAUUCCAAGAGGGUAAAUAAGUUUCUUAGGUUGUAGAAAUUUAGAAAAAUGAAAUCACAUUUUAUCGGAUAUCACUCGACGCUAGUGUACCUGCGCACUCGCUACCAUAGUAACUCGAUCCCUUACGUACGUUAUAACAACA